CUUCAAGAAAAUGUCUGGGCGCGAGGGUGGAAAGAAGAAACCACUGAAGGCACCGAAGAAAGAGUCGAAAGAAAUGGAUGACGACGAGGUAGCCUUCAAGCAAAAACAGAAAGAAGCGCAAAAGGCACUAGAACAAGCAAAGCAGCGUGCUUCACAAAAAGGUCCAUUGGUUGGCGGAGGUAUCAAGAAAUCGGGAAAGAAAUGAUAUCGGCUGUUUAUGUAUUUAUAAAUCCGCAUUUCCUUCAAAUUCAUGUCACGCGACCCUAUUUAUUUCUAGUGACAGAACUAUGAAAAAUUGCCGAAUUAGUAGACUUUAUUUAAUAAAUUUUUUGUAAAUG